AACACCAGGCGUAGCCUCCGUAAGGUGUGAAGCUCCAUUUUCCGGGCCGUACCUGAAUGAAGCACGCGCCCAUUCCCAUGCAUGGACAUACGUGUCAUUUAACAGAUGUGUGUAGUUUUCGGACAAACCAAAGUGUCGUUGGACUGUUGUUACCGUCUGUGACUGAUCAUGAGGAGACCUCCUGACCGGAUCAAUCAUCACCGGACUCUCCGCCGCUGAAACUCCGAGGGCCGAGGUUCGUGUGGUCCAUUCGGCUCUGUCACCAGUUCAUUCUUCACAGCGGUGAGUCCUUCCUGUCUGCAGGCCGCUCACGGAGCUAAGCGUGUGUUUGGUGUUGAGUACACACAGUCAGACGGGAAGCUGUCUGGGGGUUCGUGACUACCCCGCAGCCCUGGACAGUGGAGCAGGCGGGCCGGUGGUGGGCCCGUCGGUCCGGUCCGGCCCGUUUCCAGACCUGUGCCUUUGCAGGGUUCCCCGGAGAUGGAGCCCCCAUCCCACCCGGGCUAUGUGUCGGUUAACUUUCCGGGACCGGGCGGUGGAAGUUACAACAACAACAAGCACUGGAGGAGGCAGUCCUGCUGGAGGAAAUGGAAGCAGCUGUCCCGAUUACAGCGAAGCCUCAUCCUCUUCAUCCUCGCGCUCCUCUUCAUAUGUGGAAUAGCCUCGUUUCCUACUUUUACUGAACACCUCAGAGGCCUUACAGAGGACCGAGCCACAAACCCCAGAGCUGCAGGAGCCGAGCUGCCCUUUAAGCCUGCGCAUCACCCACCUCCAGUGCUGCAGCUGAGGAAAAUUCCCAACAAGCGAGGCCCUCCUGUUCUCCAGAACCGUUCUCAGAGGAAGGGAAACGCAUCCGAGACCGUCUCUGAGGACACGGCAGCUGAUAAGGACAGGCCAGAGGGGGGGGUCAUCAGCUGGCAUGGCGCCGUUAUCGACACUGAGCUGGACACGGACAACACGAAGGUCGGACAAAACAAGGAGGACUCGCUCUCCAACCAGGAAGCUAAGCUCUCCAGAGGCUCCGGAGCCCGACUGGAAGCCGUUCGAGAAGCCUUCAGACAUGCGUGGAAAGGUUACAAAGACUACGCUUGGGGUCACGAUGAGCUGCGGCCCCUCGCCAAGUCCUACAGCGAGUGGUUCGGUCUGGGGCUGACGCUCAUCGACGCCCUGGAUACCAUGUGGAUUCUGGGGCUUAAGGACGAAUUUGAAGAAGCAAAGGCCUGGGUGGCCACAGAGCUGACGUUCAACAAGAACGUGGAUGUCAACCUGUUUGAAAGCACCAUCCGCAUCCUGGGGGGCCUGCUGAGUACCUACCACCUGACUGGAGACGCUCUGUUCCUGGACAAAGCAAAAGACAUCGGCUCCAGACUGAUGCCAGCCUUCAACACUCCCUCCAAGAUCCCCUACUCUGACGUAAACAUAGGCAAAGGCACAGCACACCCCCCCCGGUGGACGUCAGACAGCACUGUUGCUGAGGUCACCAGCAUCCAGCUGGAGUUCAGGGAACUCUCCCGCCUCACCCAGGACCCUCAGUACCAGAAUGCAGUGGAUGAAGUGAUGAAGCAGGUCAACAAGCUGAAUGGAAAGCUGGACGGCCUGGUGCCCAUGUUCAUCAACACAAACACCGGACAGUUCACUCAUCAGGGCAUCUACACUCUGGGGGCCAGAGCAGACAGCUACUACGAGUACCUGCUGAAGCAGUGGAUCCAGGGAGGCAAGAAGGAGCACCAAUUCCUGGAGGAUUAUCUGCAGGCCAUAGAAGGAGUGAAGAAGAACCUGCUGCAGAAAUCUUCACCCAAAGGCUUGACCUUCGUUGGAGAGCUUUCCCACGGCCAGUUCAGUCCGAAAAUGGAUCAUCUGGUGUGCUUCCUGCCCGGCACUCUGGCCCUCGGCGCUCACAACGGCCUUCCUCCUGAACACAUGGAUUUGGCCAAACAGCUGAUGGAGACCUGCUACCAGAUGUACGCCCAAAUGGAAACGGGCCUCAGUCCAGAGAUCGUUUACUUCAACAUGCACCAGGGCAGCACCAGAGACAUCGAUGUGAAGCUGGCAGACAGACACAACCUGCUGCGGCCAGAGACGGUGGAGAGUCUCUUCUACCUUUACAGGCUCACCAAGGAGCAGAAGUACCAGGACUGGGGCUGGGAGAUCCUCCAGAGCUUCAACAAAUACACUAAGGUUUCCUCUGGGGGCUACACCUCCAUCAACAACGUGCGCGACCCUGAGUAUCCCAGCCCCAGAGACAAGAUGGAGAGCUUCUUCCUGGGAGAGACGCUGAAGUAUUUGUACCUGCUCUUCUCAGACAACAGCAGCCUCAUCAGCCUGGACCAAUACGUCUUCAACACGGAAGCACACCCCCUCCCUGUGUGGCCCUCCUCUGAGUGACCCCACUGACCCGUCACCCUGACCUUUGCCCUUCUGCAAAAACCUUAUUUAUUUAUCUGAAGCUUGUUUUUUUCAAAGAAGGAAUAAGGAGUGAUGAUGCUCUGAUGAUUUUCUUCCUGAGCAGACUGUUUUCUGUCAGAACAGGUUGUUGAAGCUUUUUUGAUUUAGUUGAAGCUGUAAACUGAACCAUCACUUAUGAAGUGAAGCCAUUCUGACCGUCAGACUUUGAGCACCCGGCUCAGACGGGAGGAGACCAGAGGAUCUCCUCGUCAUGGUGGAAAAUGGCCAAACUGGGUGUUUGUUUUUGUACUCAAAUGUAUUUUCAGAAGCACUAAUUAUUAAUCUGUGAAGCCAUCAGGAGCUGUAAAGUUGCUGGAGAAAGCUGAAGGUUUGUCUGAACGUUCGAGAGCUUCUGGACUGAAGAGAAGUUUGCCGUUUCCUGAACAGUUUUUGGGGGGUGGACUUGUGUCGUGACCGUGGUGACACGUCUAACAGAACUGAUGUGAAGCUUUCUUCAACAUCUACUGCCAUCUCUGGAGACUCAAACACUGUGAAGAAGCUGGUUUUCCACAUUUUUACUGCCACUUUUGACUAACGGAUUUCUAAAGUCACAUGAAAAGCCUUUAUCUGCUGGAACUGGAAGGAGGACAGUCCAUAUCUCCAACUGAAUCCUUGGAUUUAGUCGCAGGAACGGAAGGAGCUGAUAUGCAUUUCAACCUGCAGAAGUGAUGCUGGUCCUUCUGCUGUUUUUAAAGCUGUAGUUGUAGGUGGUGGUAACCUGAGCCACUUCUUCAAAGUGCCUCUGCAGUUCUGAUGCGCCUCAGGCCUGUGCAUCAUGCAGAAAAUGCUGGGUCAGCAUUUUAAACUCUUAAAACACCUCUGUUACCUUACUGUAAGAGCAACGCAUGGGGAGGGGUCCUCCUGUCCCGGGGUCAGGGUUAACUUUUCAACCGUUUACACGAUCAAUAUAAUUAUUGUGUUAACGGUUGAAGUUACUAUGUUAAAGAUUUUGUGUUUAAGCGUCACCGGCGACACCUCGGGUGUUAAAGGGUUAAUGCCGCUCUUUUGUUUGUUUUCCAGACUUCUGUCUGUCUAGUUCCUGAUGACCAAUGUUUUUGUACUUCUGUAUUUUCGGUGGAGGGUUGUUUUGAAGGAGAAAGACUAAUAUAUACAAUAAUAUAUCCUCAGCAUCAGAGCGAGCUCUCCUCUUCGUGAUUGAAGGAACAAAUGAUUGUACGGCGUGUUUCCGUCUCGUGUGCCUUCAGACGGCGAGCGCUGGGUGUGAGCUGAGGUUACACGGUGGUGGCGGGUUCCUGAUGUCUUCAGUGCUGCAUCUAAGGGCUCUGACUCCUGACGUCUGUCUUUAACUCUUGGGCUAAAAAAAGUGUAUUUUCCUCCAUUGACUUCAAAGAGAAGCCAUUCCUGUGACGCUGACACUUGAAAAGCCUAAUGUAAACCAUGUGAUGUGAAAUCUUCUUAAAGGGAUUCUUCUAACAGGCCGCUGUGAAGCACACACACCUCUGUCCUGCUGAAGUGAAAGAUGACGUCUGCUUGGACUCAUCAAAUCCCACAAACUGUAAGAAAUGUGAGCUCAGCUGUUUAUUUUAGGAGGGAGGAGCUUCUUUCAUGUCCUUUCUUCCAUAGAAAAGUACUGUUGAUGUGGGAGUGGCUCUCAUCUCAGAGACAAAAACCCAUUUAUAUAGUUUGAGAAAUCAUUUUUAUUGAUUACAUUUGUGUCUGAGUCAAUAAAUGAGAAGAUGUC